UCGCUUUAAAAUUGCUCUUUUUAGUAUCUAAUCGUAUUAAACAUACUUUAAUAAACUUAUUUUUCCUAAAAUUCGAAUAAAAUUCACGGAAAUUGCUUUAGUAUUACCGUUACAAAACCCGGUAUCGCACAGAUGAUAGACUUGCUAUCCGUUUAGCAGGUGCGACCUCAAACCGGAAGUGACGUAUAAUUAUCCCUAGUGUAAACUGAAAGUAGUAACUUCACAAUAUAAACACGUACAAUUGGUACUGAAAAUACGAAUUAUGGAAGGUAAUGUCUUUGAUUACGAGUUGGAUGAUAAUUUUGUCGUUCAGCCAUACAUGUACGAACCUGAACCGACAAUUGAAAUUAACGAGAGCGAUUCCAAUGAUGAAGAAUCGGAGGAAGAAUUAGACUUUGAUUUCGCCGUAGAAAAUGACCGAAAUCGAGAGAGGAUUGGGAAUGUUAACUGGUGUGAAUGCAGAAACUGCAGCGCCAUGCCAACCGGUAUUGAGAGUAAAUGCUGCAUGGAGUUUGGAGAGCUUUCUGAAAAGCUUGACGGUUUUUGCUGUAUAACCCAACAUCCAGGAUUUGUGGGGAACUGUUUAAAUAGGGAUGUUAUUGAAGUGUCAUUUUACGAAUUUCUUCAGCAAAAUGGACCAGUGGGAGACGAGGAGCCAAUUCAUGAGACAUACAGGUAUGUGGCCUAUCGAAGACUUGCACGGUGGAUUUGGCAUCGUCUGGCAAAAUAUGACAGGCGUGUGUUACCUGCAUGUGCAGUCACAGCAAUUAGAGCAUACUUUCCUUCACAACAAUACACUGGAUACAAAUAUGCCCGGGAUUUUUGA